AUGGACACCGAGUUUGCCGAGCUCGAGGCCGAGGACCAGCUCCUCAUGGAGCAGCAGCGCGCCGACCACAAACAGGUCCACUGGCUGCGGCGCCCGCUGGUGGUGCUCGUGUGUCUCGCGGUGUUCAUGGUCGCCCUCGCCCUGUCGCUGGGGGAGCUGGCGCGCCAGAUGAUCACCUACCAGCUCGCCUGCUACGGGCUUGCCUUACGGCCGCCAGACUUGACUGUAGCCCUGGCUGAAGAACCCCAGUGUGACCCGAAACAGGCCCAGAUCCUCGUGCUGAACUUGAUGCUUGCCUACCUGGUGUGUAUGGGGGUUGCGGGGACGUUGGCGGUGCUGAAGAUCGGCGCCAUGCUGGACAUGUACGGGCGGCGGCGCUUUCUUAUAUUCACGCUAGCGAUGAUUGCCAUUGGUCGUACGUUUAAGUUUUUCGUGCUUUAUCUGUACUCGACGCUUAACAUCCCCCUAGUGGUGCUCCUGGAAGUGGUUACUCAGUCCGGUGGAGGGGUGUUGGGGCUCAUGACAGUGGUCAAUUGUUACAUCUCAGACGUGGUCGACCCUGCCAGUCGUAUCUAUUCGCUCGGUUUCCUGAUUGCGCUGAUGUUUAUCGGGUUAAGUAUCGGUCCCGUGUGCGGCAAUUUGGUGCUUAAACUCGCCGACAGACACGGCCUCGAACGAGCGAUGGACGCCGGCAGCAGCAUGCUUGAACGGCUUAUCGCUCUGCACCAGUUUGCCCCGCUUAAAUUUGAGCUCAUCGUGUUUUAUGCUACGGUCGUUUACGUCGUGGUGUGGUUGCCGGAGCUGCGGUCUAAAGCUAACCUUAAACGGUCAAGAUCCACCGUCAGCUACGGCCUGAUCGGUAGCGCCCCGCUGGAACUCUCGCAGGAGUCGGGCCUUGUUGGCGCCGCUGACGAGCUGGCGGUGGAGUUUGAGCUGUGGACGGCGUGGUUGUGGCGCCACCUCAACUUCCUCACCCCCCUCCGCAUCCUCUGGAUCCCCGCCCACUACCGGCUGCCGCUGACACUCAAACAGGACCGGCUUGUCGUCCUAUUGCUCGUGGUGUGUGAGGUGAUGCUCACGUGUACCGCCGUCUCCUCCGGCGAGAUCUACAUGCUCUACGGGAUCUACCGGUUCCAGUGGCUGACCCUCGAUAUUGGCCGCUUGCUUGCGGCUCUCUGUAGCUCGCGAGCUGUGGUCCUCCUCAUCUUGCUGCCCUUGGUCAACAAGAAGCUUUUCCCCUGGCUCGGCAUCCGAACCUCCAAGACCCGCUACGACUCCAACGACUUCAUCAUCGCGUUCUCGGGGCUCUGCAUCGACGCCGUCGCCCUCCUGUGGCUCUACCACGCCAAGACGACGAUGGAAUUUUAUGGAGUUUUAAUGAUCGCGGCGUGGGGCCUGUUGGCGCUGCCGACGAUGAACCUGGCCAUCAUCAAGUUCUACCCGGAGCUGAAGGUCGGCGUCGUGUUUGGCGCCAUGUCCAUCCUCAAAAACUUGCUGACGUUGUUGGGCCCGUUCACGUUCUUGACGGUGUACAAGUUUGCCCUUUCGCGGUGGAACGACCCCGGGUUCACGUUUUUGGUGAUCAGCGGCAUCUACGCCGUCCAGGCGGCGCUCCAGCUCGUGAUCCGCUUCAGCCUCCGCCACGAAGCCUAA